UUUCGAGUUGUUUCGCGACAGUUCGAAAGGCAUUCGAGAAAAGACCUCAAGUCCGGCAAUCUGGACUUUGACGCCCGCGUUCCCAUCCCCUUCAGUGUCUUCCCGUCGUCGUACCGGAGUGACGCUGUCUCUGAAACUACUCAGACGCGAGUAGAGGGAGAAGUCAAUUUCGAACGUCCUUCGCACGUCGAACGGGAAGAUACUCAGGGUCCUGCUCCCCUUCCCGCUCCUCGUAUUCAAGGAAAGGAAGAGUUCGUUAUCAAGGAAGAGCGCCAGUCUCAAUUCCAGCAACGUCCUCAGUUCCAGGAAGAGCGCCAAUCGCAAUUCCAGCCACGUCCUCAGUUCCAGGAAGAGCACCCUCAGUUCCAAGAGCGUACUCAAUACCAGGAACGUCCUCAGUACCAAGAGCAGUACCCCGAGCGUGUUCAGUACGAAGACCGCGCCCAAGCCCCUCGUCAGGACUACUAUCAGCAAACUCCCGAGUUCCAAGCCCCGCUUGAGGUCUCUCGCACUAGCUACCCCAACUAUCAACAGUCCUAUUACCAGGACCGUACCCAAGUCUACGACAAGGUCAAGGAUAACCAACUCGACCUAACUGAACGUGACAUCCGUCGCAGCUUCGCUUCUGAUCGUGCCCCUGUGUACGAGUCCCUCCCCGUCGGUUCCUACACUUCUCAACGUGAAGGCUCCGCCUACGGUCUGCCCACUGCUGUCUACGACCGGCCCCGCCAGUCCCAGUCAGAAGAGUACCAGUCCCAGUCCCAGGACUACCAAUCCCAGGACAACUACACUCGUGAGGCCCAGCCUUCCCGAUCCCGUUACUCUUCUUCGUCUUCGGCUCCCACCGAAGUCAAGGUUUCCAAGUCCUCCGUAAAGACUACCACCCCAGCCUCCAAGAUGGGUUACUACGACGACGAUGGUCAGUACCAUUCCUUCCGCCGUGGCGUUCAGCGCGCGGCGGAUCACAUCCUGCACCCCCAUCAUCACCACCACCAUGAGCGCGAGGAAACUUACGCUAGCGAAGAACCUGCCCCCCAGGCUGCUGUCCGUAUUGUUGAGCCCCGCAACCGCGGCAACGCUGGCGAGACCGUCCCGAUCCCUUGCCACUUCAUCCGCAUCGGCGACAUCCUCAUCCUCCAGGGUCGCCCCUGCCAGGUCAUCCGCAUCUCGGUUUCCCCCCAGACCGGCCAGCACCGCUACCUCGGUGUCGACCUCUUCACUCGCAAGUUGCAGGAGGAGUCUAGCUUCGUCGCCAACCCCUCUCCCUCCGUUGUCGUCCAGACCAUGCUCGGCCCCGUCUUCAAGACCUACCGCAUCCUGGACCUCCGUGAUGACAACCGCCUCGUCGCCAUGACCGAGUCCGGCGAUGUCAAGCAGGGUCUCGAUGUCAUCACCCAGGGUGGCCUCUUCAAGCGCAUCAGCGAUGCCUUUGCUGACGGCCGUGGCUCCGUCCGCGCCCUCGUCAUCAACGACGGUGGCCGCGAGCUCGUCGUCGACUACAAGGUCAUCCACGGCUCCCGCCUGUAA